AUGAAGGGUAAAUGCUUUUUAUCUGUUUUGACUUGGUUAUUGAUUGUUUUGGUUGUGCUACUACAGGCGCCAACUGGAAAUGGAUCGAAGAAGGGAGAGAUAAAGUUAAGAGUAAGGGUACCCAUGAGAGAUGGUUUCCCCCAAUUUGUGAAAGUAGUUUGGGACCCUUCUCAACAAAAGUACACAGCAUCAGGAUAUUGCAUGGAUGUUUUCAAUGCCGUUCUGACCUACUUACCCUUCAAUGUUUCUCUACAUGUUCUACCUGCUGUUGUUAAGUCAAGCUAUGGUAGCUAUGGCUCUACAUUUGACCAUGCACUUCAAAAAACAAAUCUUAAUGAUGUCGUGGUAGGGGAUGUAACAAUCCUGGCCAACCGUUCGAAGCUUGUAGAUUUCACAGUGCCAUAUACUGGAUCGGGAGUUAAAAUGGUAGUACCAGUUAAACACGGGAGGGAUCAGAACAUGUGGACUUUUGUGAAACCAUUCAGUUGGGAUCUAUGGUUGAGCAUAAUCAUCAUCUCUACCUUCAUAGGGAUUGCCAUACUCAUCAUGGAAAGAAAUGUAAACGCGUUGCCUAAUCAGGAGGGUUCGCCAAAUCAAACAAAGCUUGGCGCUUCAACUAUCUUGUGGUUUCCAAUAUCACAAGCCAUUCUUCCUGAGAGAGAAGUAGUGGUCAAAGGUUGCUCUAGAUUUGUGUUGAUGGUUUGGCUUCUAUUGGCGUUCAUCCUCAUGCAAAGUUACACUGCUAACUUGACAUCCAUAUUGACCUUGGAUCAACUGCGACCCAUUUUUCUGAAUGUUAAUGAUCUAAGGAGAGAGGGUUAUUACGUUGGAUACCAGUUUGGGUCUUUCGUUUACGAUGUGUUGAUUGACCAAUUUAAGUUUGACCCAUCCAAACUAAGGCCAUACAGAAACAUUGGUGAGUACCAUGACGCUCUAAAGCUUGGAAGCCAAAAUGGGGGUGUUGCAGCUAUAUUCGAUGAAGUUCCCUACCUUAAACUCUACCUUCAAGAAUACGGAUCCAAUUACAUUAUGGCUGGCCCCGAAUAUAGAAAUGCUGGCUUUGGUUUUGUCUUCCCUUUAAACUCCAAUCUCACGGCUUACUUUUCGAGAGCCAUUCUGAAUGUGAUUGAAAGUGGAUUAAUGAAUGAGAUUGAGGACAAACAUUUUGGAAAGAAUUAUGUUGGAGGAGAACACGAGUCUGCGCAAAUAUCUUCUUCACCUCUCAGUCUCAGCUUUCAUAGCUUCUCUGGGUUUUUCUUUAUUUCUGGGAUUUCUACUUUAUUAGCGUUAUUGGUUUCAGAAAGAUUUAUUUGGCAAAGACUAAUUCUGAUGGCUAAAGCAUUGACUGAGAUUAUGUCCCCAAUUCAUCUUUUCAAGAAGGAAACACGCACUCGUCCAAUCCAGGAUUCUAUUCAUGAAACGGAGGCUUAA